AUGCCACCCGCUGAAAAGAGCCAGGGGCCACCGGCCCCAGCACCCGCGGAACGCGCCCGGGGCCGGGGGCAGGGCCUGCCAUCGCCGGCGCUGUGCUGAGCCUGCGGUCUGUGCACGCUGCUGGAGGGCGCGAACGUGACGCUGGCCGGCGCCUUCGCCUCCUUCCUGCCCCGGCACAACGCGCCGCUCGUCUUGGGGCCGGCGCUGCUGGUGCUGGCGCUCGUUUUCUUCGCGGCCUGCUGCGUGUGUGGCCGCCGGGAUCCCGCGCCCCGCUCUUUCGGUGGCCGCGGCGGGCCCGUGGUGCUGGAGAUGGAGAGCAGCGAGCGCACGGCGCAGGACGCCACGGCCGUGCAGCUCAGCCCUGCCUUCUCCGCCGCGUCGUCUGGCCGCUCCAGCCCCGGCCACAGCCCUCUCGCCCUGGAGGCCCAGGAGCCCGCGGCCGUCUGCGCGCUGCGCUUCGCAGGGGUCCAGCUCAACCUGCCCCGAGAGCGGGCCGUCCCCUAG